GGCACUGCCAGCCAUGUCCUGCCUCUAAAACAAAAAAUACGAUUUUUUUAGCAUUUUAACGCACUGACCAAGAGCAAACUCGCUGCUCUUUUUUAAUGUUUUUUUUUUUUUUCUAGAGCUAAAAGCGUGUUUUUUUAAUAAGGAGGAGAGAAAAUGUCUUCCCCCGCGCAGGAGAGGAGAUCUGGCGUUCAGCUGCUGAGCGCGGCGCUGCUGCUGCUGCUGCUCUCGCUUUCCGGUUGCUCAUGCAUGGAUGUGCUCAUGCCCAGUAACAUUAAUGCACUGAAUGGAACAACCAUCAAAAUCCCCUGCACAUUUACUUCCUGCUAUAGGAUGGAUGCUACAAAGUUUGCAAUGAACUGGACCUACCAAGAAACACUUAAUGACACAGAGGAGAUGUUUAUGACAUUCCAUAAGAAAAAAGGAAUGGUGCCUCUGCGUUCGGAGAAGUUUGGAGAGAGGGUCACGUUUGCUGGGAACCUGGAUAAGAACGACCUGUCAAUAACCCUGUCAGAUGUUCAGCUCGAGGAUGAGGGUAUUUACAACUGCUAUGUGAAAAACCCUCCAGACCGCAUCCAGGGACACGGUGUCAUACAGCUCAAUGUUGUCACCAAACUUCCCCCUCCAAGGGAUUCAACCAUUGCAGUUGCGAUUGGGGCUUCAGUGGGUGGAGCGUUAGCUCUGCUGAUCCUGUCCAUGGUAGUAGUGAAAUGUCUCCGUCGACACCGGAAACAGGAACUGAUUUCAGAGGAGAAGAUGGAGGAGGAGGGAAAACUGGAGGCUGAAGGUGUUGCGGAGGAGGGAACCAAACAACCAUAGCAGGAUCAUCUGACUGAGCCAGCGGCCUGUGGAGCAUUCACCCCCAACACCUUCUCUGACACCCCUUUCCUGAAGAUCUAUAGUUACCACUGCUUGAAUCAUUGUCCACUGAUAUUUCCAUCCUUUCUGCAUGUGCGUGUGUGUGUGCCAGUGCACACAAGUGUGCUUCCGUGUGUGUGUGUGUGUGUGUACUGAAUGU